AUGCGAAAUGAAAGUAAAAUACCGCUCGUAAUUGUUGCUUGUGGAAGUUUCUCACCUCCAACAUACUUGCAUUUGCGUAUAUUUGAAAUGGCAAAAGAUCAAGUGAUCGAAUCGGGAAAGUAUGAAUUAUUAGGUGGAUAUUAUUCACCCGUGUCGGAUUAUUAUAAAAAAGAAGGAUUGGCAAAAGCAACGCAUAGGGUACGGAUGUGUGAAUUGGCGGUUGAAAAAACUUCAACUUGGCUAAUGGUUGAUGCUUGGGAAUCUUUGCAAGAUGAAUAUCAAAGAACGGCUGUGGUUUUGGAUCACUUUGAUGACGAAAUCAAUGGUGGACCAGAAGGUGGAAUUUUAACUUCAGACGGAAGUAGAAGGAGGAUAAGGGUGAUGUUAUUGGCAGGAGGCGAUUUGAUUCAAAGUAUGGGCGAGCCAGGUGUUUGGGCAGAUGUGGAUCUGCAUCACAUCUUGGGCAAAUACGGUUGCAUGAUUGUCGAAAGAACGGGAGCGGAUGUUUGGUCAUUCUUGCUGUCACAUGAUUUGCUAUGGCGAUAUCGUAAAAAUUUAAAGAUUGUCAAACAAACAAUCUUUAACGAUAUUUCAUCGAGCAAAGUUCGUCUUUUCGUUAGACGUGGUCAAAGUAUCAAAUAUCUUUUGCCUAAUUCGGUUAUUCAUUAUAUCGAACAACAUCAUAUGUACCGAUUGCCAGAAGAAUUGGACACCGAGCCACCAGAUGCAGAUCUACAACAUUUCUAA